AUGUCGGAAGCUACAAACAUUACACAUCCACCUGCGUAUUCCAAGAAGUUUGUUGUGGUUGGUGAUGGUGGAUGUGGAAAGACGUGCCUUUUGAUCAGUUAUUCCCAAGGUUAUUUCCCAGAGAAAUACGUUCCUACUGUGUUCGAGAACUACAUCACACAAACCACGCACCGAGCCUCAGGCAAGACGGUUGAACUAGCCCUCUGGGAUACUGCUGGACAGGAAGAAUAUGACCGGCUGCGUCCACUUUCAUAUCCGGAGACGGACCUGUUGUUUGUUUGCUUUGCGAUAGAUUGCCCUGCAUCUCUGGAAAACGUUAUGGACAAGUGGUAUCCCGAAGUUUUGCACUUUUGUCCCACUACCCCGCUCAUUCUGGUUGGGCUGAAGUCAGAUUUGCGCUCGAAGAGAACGUGUAUUGAACUUCUAAAGACCCAGGGUCUAACGCCUGUGACGCCGGAACAAGGUGAGGCGGUGGCGCGCAGGAUGAAUGCCUCUUACAUAGAGUGUAGUAGCAAAGAAAUGCGCGGCGUCGAUGGCGUCUUCUCCCUGGCAGUCGAUACCGUUGUCUCCGCCGAGGAACAAGACUGGAAUGACCGCCAAACGUCUACUACUCCCGGAAGCAAACCUAAAGUCGGUGGUGGUGGCGGAGGAAAGAAGGUCAAAAAGCGUUCCUGCAAGAUUCUGUAG